ACCAGAACAAACACUGGAUAGGAUACAGUAGAAUUGCAGAGCAAAAUAAUUAUUCACAAGUAGACUACAAAAGCAUCAGUGAUAUUUGACCUUAAGAUGACUCGCACACGAGUCCAUCCUGAGCCCCCUGAUGAAGGAAGCAGCCCUGAACCGAGAUGGACACCUGUGGUGGAGAGAACCCAAUCGGACAACCGUCUUCUCGGUAUCUUCAAAAGCAGCUUUCUUGGAGCAAUGGGAACACAUCGGAGGAGUGAACAACAAAUUAGAACACAUAACGGCAGUACAUCCUCAUCUUCCCCUAGUUCUAUUCUUGAGCCAGUGUGGGAGCUGUGCCCUACAACGAGAGCUCUACCUCGACCCGCUCCACCUACGCAGCCCAGGUUGGCUUUUGCCGUGAAGGUGGCUGGCACCAACACACAAAAUGUGACAUGUGGAUGCCAAGCAGGAGUUCCGCUCCAGCCACAGCUUGCGCAGAUAUUCCCUGGACCGUCAGCCCACUGCUCAAAUCCAUGCCCGGUGAUCAUCUCGUUCCCAGUUGUGCCAUGCCAUCACAGGGCAUCCCGCGCUGGAAUGCUGGGAGAGAUGGAGGACAAAGAGAACAAACUCAAGAAAGAGAGCCAAGCAGGAGUGAAGGACAGAGACAAGAAGACGGCCGAUGCUGCUGCUCACCUGUUACAACGAGGCUCAGAGCGCACGUCACACAGGUGUUCCUCGGCACAAAAACCUAAAAAGAAUUCCAAGAUGAGCAAAGGAAAAGAUGUUGCUGCUCAACCUCUGUCCAGUGGUUGGAAGCGCACAUCAAAGGCUCCUCUUCCUCAUAACCAUGUCACUCAGUCAAGUGAACAGGUCACAUGUCACACGUGGAACACUGUCCCAUCCUGCCAGUUAUCACCACAAAGCAGACAGGAGAAGCUGCCCCCUCAAAAACACUCUGGCAAAGGACUUGCCAUUGUCCCAUGGAGGCCAGUCUGA